AUGUACCGUUCCGCGACUGUUAUGUUCACGGACGUCGUUGGAUUCACGAAGUUAUGUGGCACGUCAACUCCUAUUGAGGUCGUCACUCUACUAAACAGUGUCUACUCCGGAUUUGACGAGAUUAUCAACAAAUUUGAUGGCUACAAGGUAGAGACUAUCGGAGAUGCGUACAUGGUGGUGUCCGGAAUUCCGGAGGAGAACGGAAAACGUCACAUCAACAACAUCGCCGAAAUUGCGCUGGAAAUUAUGCAGUUCCUCGAGACCUACCGUAUUCCCCAUCGCAAAUCCGAACAAUUGGUGAUUCGCGUCGGAUUCCAUAGUGGUCCAGUGGCAGCCGCCGUAGUCGGGCUCAAUUCACCGAGAUACUGUCUCUUCGGUGACACGGUUAACAUGGCGUCACGAAUGGAAUCGAGUGGUGAGCCAGGAAAAAUACAGCUGUCAGAACAAUCUAAUAAACUUCUGGACAUUGAUUACCCAGAAUUCGUCACCACGAAACGCGGUGAAGUUGAUAUCAAAGGAAAAGGAGAAAUGUUCUACUUACUGGCUCAUUCGCAAGGACAACUCCUACUUCAAUAA